GAGAGGCACCCGGGUAAGUGCCCUGUGCUCCAGCAACCUUCCAAAACAAAACAUGGCCAGGUCGGGGCUGCUGCUACUUCUCUUGCUCCUGGCCCUGCCACUGCGGCCAUUCACCCUGCCACAGCCGGACACCUCUCAGGGCAAGGCUGCCAUGGCAGGUCUGAUCCUGUCUGCGCUGGAGAGAGCCACCUUGUUCCUGCAGAAGAGGCUGCCCGGGGUCAACCUGGAUGCAGUAGUAGGAUUCCAGGUGCUGGAAGAGCAGCUCCGAGGCGUCCAGGACACGUGGGCGGCUGACCCCCUGCUGCGGCCACUCAGCCUGCGAGCCGGGCAGCUGGCCGCCAAGCUGACCCCCCUCCUCGGCAAGGCCAUCGUCUACCUCAAGCAGAGUGACCCCACUUACCUAAGAGAGUUCCAGCCAAGCAUCCAGCCUGGGUUUUGGAAGCUGCCUCAUGCGUGGACCCGCACCAACGCCUCCCUGGUCUACACCUGGCUCGAUCCCCAUGACUCAUUCUCUGAGGACAGCAGUGACUUGUGUCUGGUGCAGCUCCUGGGAACCGGGUCAGACCAGAGCAAGCCCUGCGUGCUCUCAGACUUUUGCAGGGCCCUCAUGACCAAAGCCGGCCGCUCAGGCUACAGCCUAUCCCACCAGCUGCUCUUCUUCCUCUGGGCCCGAAUGAAAGGCUGUGUGAAGAGUCUGUUCCGCCACAGCCAGCUCUACAUCAGCAUCUUCUGUGCCAACAUGAUGGUCCUGAACCAGAGAGCCGAGGCUACCGGCUAUGCCUACCCCACCCAGGACCUCUUUAUGGAGAACAUCAUGUUCUGUGGCAUCGCUGGCUUCUCUGACUUCUUCAAGCUCCGGUGGCUGGAGGCCAUCCUCAGCUGGCAGCGGCAGCAGGAAGGCUGCUUCGGGAAGCCUGAUACUAAGGAUGAAACCCCACGGCACGCUCUGAGAAGAGUGAGGAGGCGGGAAAAGCUAUUCACAGAUGGCUGCUCUUGUCACAACACAGCCACGGCCGUGGGGGCACUGGGUGGGUUCCUGUUCUUCCUGGCAUCACACCCACUGGCAAAUGAAGGGCCUCAUCCAGCGACACCCUCACCACCCAGCCAUGGCUGAGCCCGUUCAAGCCCGGGGUCCCGCAUCUAAGAGGGAGCAGGCCGCACCCCACCCCCAACCAUGUCCACUUUCUGGGCUGCUUUGGAACUCGGACUGAGCAGGGCUGGGAGUUCCAGUGCAGUGGGAGGGCUGGGUGUGGGCAGGUGAAUACAUUAUCACAGCGAAAUCCAUCGAGAGCAGAGUCUUUUUUUCUUUUUUUUUUUCUGAAUCAGGAUUUCCCAAUCCUGUUUCAAGAAGAGGAAGGAAGGGAGGGAAGGAGGAAGGGAAAGAAGGUCCCUUUCUUCUACUCCUAGUAAUGUCGUGUGAGGAAAUGGGGAAUUACAGGACAAAUUUAAGUCCUCUAAAAUUGCAGAUUACAGCACAGGUAAUAAGUCCCCCUAGAGACAAUAAUCCCUGAUCUCUACCAUGUGUGACUUUUCCCUCUGCACCCCACCAGAGAAGCUGCUCAGGGGUGCCCUUCUCCUCCCCCUUUCUCUUUCCUCCCCACGAGCCCUGA